ACUGAGUGAGAGAAAAAUAUGCCGUGCGAUCAACUAAGACUAAGUUAAAAUUUCUCGGCAAUUUCUACAACGUUAGACAACUAUUACUCAACUUCAGAUAUGUUGUUGCUGUGAGUUGUGAUGGUACUGAGAAAUUUUUGCUGCAUGAAGAAUAUUGACCAGUUUGGUUUGUACCAGUAGCAGCAUGACCCGAAGAGAGGAUCCGUCACGUGCUGUGGCACUAGAUCUCAUGUUACGCACAUUCAUGAAUACAUCAGAAUUCAAUGACAUGCAGCCAAAAAACUGGGAUGCAAUUGCCAAGUUAAUCCCAGGCACCAUGCCUCAGGAAUGCGCCCAACGCUUUGAAGAGUUGCAGUCCGCUGCUGGUGACUUGUCCCAUGUUGGAAACUUUUCCACCAUGGCGGCUCAAGGAAAGCCAGCUCCACGGGGUAAGACUGCAGAGAACAGCGGACGGAGAGCAUACAACAGGAGUCAUGGUAGACCAAACAGCAGCUUACAGCAAGACGGCAAGGCAAGAGGGAAGGCAAAACAACAGCAACAAGAGAAAGAAGGUGUGACAGCAUCUAAUCUCAUCGAGACAAAAGAGGCAAAGAACUUUGCUCAAGGAAAAAUACAAAAGGAAACUUCAGGAAAUAAAGGGAAACCUGAAGGCCCUAAUAUUGUAAUACAUGUCUGUGACGAAGCCAAGAAUGUAAAACGCGACUUCAGUUGCCCGCGUGAUCUGUUGGUCCGAGAAAUGAAAUACUUUGCUGAGUACCUUUCUUUGGAUGCCCAACGUUGGGAGGAAGUGGAUAUCUCUGUUCACUGUGAUGUACAGAUCUUUGAAUGGCUCAUGCGCUACGUCCAUCGCCAUAUUCCAGAGAGGGUAGCCAAUGUCCCCAAGCUAGAGGCUAGCAAUGUGAUUUCCAUCCUCAUAUCAUCUGAUUUCCUCAAAAUGGAUGCUUUGGUAAAUGAAUGCAUAGAUUUCUGUCACAAACACAUGUCAGCGAUUGUUUCCACUCCUUGCAAUAUGAAUUGUAUCAAUGACAAGCUUGUUACCAGGAUUUCAAGUCUAUUUACAGAUGUGGAGGCUGAUGAAGUGAAAGAUAAAAAAGAUAAAUUCAAGAGCAAGCUCUUUAUGAAGAAAAUGGAGAACCUCUGUGACUCAUCCAAACCCACUGCAACAAUGUACAAAUGUCAACAUUGUAAGCGAAUCCUUACCAGAAUAUCAGAGAGGAAGCUCAGAUGUAUUCCAAGUCAAUUAAGCAUUGACAGGACUGGUAAACUACUUUAUCAUCAUGAACGGCUUCCCUCAUGGGACAUCAAUGAUUACCUGAUAGCUCUGCACAAUGAACUGAAAUCAUGGAGGGAUGUCUAUUGGAGACUUUGGGGUCAACUUAACAUCCUCAAAUGUUCCAGGUGUAAGCAGGUAUUCCAGUGUUCUGAAUUCACCCAGUGUCAUCUGCACCCCCAAAACGCGGUCUUUGUGAACUCUGUUGAUAAUACCUUCAAGGCAUCAGUGGUAGGAUCCUACCCCUGCUGCGAGCAGCCAGCAUAUAGGUUUGAUCCUCUUGAACAAGUAACGGGUUGCCAAGUUAAGGAUCAUUUAGUGACCUUCUUCUCGGGACUUGACAAGUCAGAUUCCGCCAAACAUGACUCAGAAACCAGCAUCUUAGAUACACUCCUAGACAGAAAAGAUGUCAUUUGUGCAGGAGCUACUCUAGUUACAGCAGAGAAAUGGUCUGAUGCCAAUGUUUUCGGUGCUGAUGAAGUCUUGAGUGGAGUUCUUGACGAAGGUCUGGGGGUCAAAGGUCAUCUCCAUGACAUUUUUCCCGAUGACAACAUGCCCUUUGCCAAGCACAUUGAGGCCCAGCCAGAGCCAGUAGCAUCCUCGACCGAUGAUUGGGAUAGCUCUGAUGAUGAAGUUGGUGAUGAUGAGGAACAGACCAAAGGAAGAGGGUCAUAUAGAAAGGUGCCUAUUAGUAGAAAACAGUCAAGCAAGAGUACAGUUGGGAGAGAAAAACAGGGAUCUGCCAAGUCUCGUCAUUCUGCAACAACCAAGAGACAUCGUAAGAAAUGGGAUGCUACUAGAUCCCUGAGGUAUAACCAAGACACACAGAGAGAAGAAGAUCAACUGAGAGGUAACUUUCUAGUUCAACACCUUCUUAAGAUGAGAACUCCACUGGCUGAUAAGCAGCAGGAUAAGACCAAAGUCAAGGAGUAUGCUGGAGGGAUGUUUAGUAGAGUUGAUGCUCAGUUCAGGGCCAGCCAACAAGUCACCAAACCAGUAACCCUGCAACCUGUAUCAAGGACCAAAAGUCGCAGCAUCUCCAGUAAACUGCCAUGAGUGGACGAUACAAGAAUCCAUCUUGUCUCCGAAGACGUCGUCUUUUAUCUUCAUUCCGUCCUGACUGAGUGCAAUGCAAUUUCUCAACGAUCUAAAAAAUGGUGACACAAAUUAACGCUUAGAGAUGUGAUGUAAUAUUGUGAUGUAUGUUAUAUCAGGAAAUAAACAGACAAUCAGAAAGGGCGAUUAAGGGCUAUAUGAAAUAAUUUGCCCUGGUAAUUUGCAAGAUAGCCCCAUAAUAUACCAUUGUAUUCAAUCCAAAAAGUAAUUUGGUAUGAACAGAAGCAAGGAGAAUUAUAUUUGUGUAGAAAAUAAUAAUAUGUUUUAACCUUAAAUACAAUGCAGCCCAAAAUCAUUCUGAUACCAGCCUCUAUUUGGUAAGUUCUAACCAAAUGUUUUACUCACUCAUAUGUAAAGUAUUGUGGUAAAUUCAUGAAGAAUAAAGUGAUGAUCAAGAUAUUGGGAUGGGACAUUGUAUAUUGUUCACAAGAAUAGUUUUUAUCGACAGGAUGUCUCUUUACUUUUUUGUAACAAGUACUUAUAUUGGGGUCACAUUUUCUGUUAGCUGUUGAAUUACAGAGAUUUUCUCAUUUCCUUUCUUCAUAAAAGUGUAGGUAAAAAAAAAUGUUAUUCACCUUUCACAUGCAUAAGUUUUCACCAAAGUUAAUACUUUUUCUGUAAUUUAUUGAAAGUUAAAUCUGUUGCAAAUUUGAAUGAUCUGAUUCACAAAAAAUUGGAAACAGAAAAAAAAAAUUAGUCAGAAACAUUAACCAGGGCUGUGAACAUUGUUUUGUCAUUCAUUAAACAGAUGCAAUGAAAUGAAUACAUGGUAUCCUGUUUGCAUACAUCCCCUGUUUCUAUGUCUAAAGUUUAAACAAUUUUAUUUGAUGUAUGGUUUCUAUGGUAUUGCUGAUAUCUUAAGAAACAAUUAUUUGACGUGAUUAAAAACAUUGUUUUUUCUUUAUUGUCCUAGUAUAUUGCAUAUUCCUAAAUUCAAUCUCUGUUUUUGUAUAGCAUUAUUUAUUGAGCAAUUUUCUGUUAUAGUUACAAACAUGUAAUAAAUGUCAUUUAUUAUCUGGA